AUGGAACGAAUGUUGGAUAAAAAUUCCAUAUUCAUUGGGUUUAAAUAUUCACCAUCAAUUCCAACAGAGUAUGUUUUGAACGGAGCUCAUUCGGGGGAGGGGAGAGGCCGGCAGCACAAAUAAUAGAUAGAGUGCAUGACCCAAUGUGAUAGGGAAGUCAAGAUGUGUAGCACACAACUAACAACUCCUUUUAUUAUGUCUUUACCUGACCGGAAUUCAUCCAUAUUUACAGUUAUACCGUUUGUUUACAUUCAAUUAAUGAAACAUUGACCUCUAGAAGCACUAACACAGAAUAAACAUGCAUAUAUUAUAAAUUUGUCAUGGAGUUUUUGCAAUUAAAAGCUUUGAACAAUUAGAAACAUUAAGCAAGAGACACACAGUAAACACAUCCCUUUGGCUUUUUGUGUUUAUACCCUACUGUAGUUUGCAUUGAAUUAGUUGUGUCUGUGUUUCAGGAAAGUGAAUCCGAGUCAGAUGAAAGGAUGGAAAACCCUACUGUAGUUUGCAUUGAAUUAGUUGUGUCUGUGUUUCAGGAAAGUGAAUCCGAGUCAGAUGAAAGGAUGGAAGAAGAUCAGCAUGGGAGAGGAUGCAGCAGAUGGUGGAAGGCAACAUAAUGUGCCUAGGAAAAAGAGAGUAAAUAUAAUUUGUACAAAAUAUAAAUUGAUGUGAAACUUCUCCAUUGUGUUUAAUUAAAGUCAUAAUAUUGCAGCUACUGUACUUUAGUGCCUACUAGGUUGCUGUGGCUGCCACCAUACAAUAGGGGGUCUAAAACCCUUAAUAUUCAAAAGUAGGCUCAAUAACUAUAAGGCGUAAAGAAAUACCUGUGGUUCCAGAUUUUGCGUUGAAAAAAUAAUAGGGUCUGCAACAAAAAAAUACCGGUAGGGUCGGUCGUGAACCGGAACCACAGGGGUUUUUUUACGCCUAAGAGCAGCAUGCAGCAUAUUUUUUGUUAUUGACUGUGCAUCCAUAGCGGAAGCUAUGAAAGGUAUGGAAGCUAUUAUACUCAUAUUACUAUGUCUCAUUUUGUUUAAUACUUUUUUGCUUUAUCAUGAAAAGAGCACCCCCUGCACCCCUCUAACCUGGGUGCAUCUCCCCACCCCCCUUGGGUGAAUCUAUCCCUGUUAUCACAACUGUUGAAAACUAAGAUAAAAUAAUCUACAUGUAAGUAUGCUAAGUACAGUAUAUAAUUAAGUAAUUGUAACACAUGAAUGUAAUCCACAUGUAAAUUUGUGCUAUAAAAAUUUUAUCAUAAUCAUAAUCAUAUAACAGACUAGUGCAGCAUUAAAAUGUAUGUGCUAUAAAAAUGUUAUCAUAAUCAUAAUCAUAUAACAGACUAGUGCCGCAUUAAAAUGUAUAUAAAUAUUUACAUUACUGUAUAUAUACAUCUAUAGGUUGAAUUUGUGAAAGAUGCAAAAAGACGACGAAAGAUUGACUAUCGUACAUCCAAAUCAUUGAAACGUGUGGCAUGUAUACAAUAAACAAUGAAAUCUGUAUUGCCUGCAGGUACAAUUGCUGAUGAACCCACAUAAUAAUAUUUUAAAGCUCGAUAUUUUUAUUUUCUAUUUUAGGUCAGUGAGUGGUAUGAACGAAGCAAAGUCCCAGCAUUAGUUUUGUACUGCAAGAAUGGUACACUUCAUUCUUUGUGUAAGUAUUAAAUUGAAUAAUUAUUUAUUAUGAAAUAUAUUUAUUAUACAUGUAAUGUUAUCACAAUUGACCAUUCAUUUGGCAAUUAUUAUUUCCAAUUGGAAUUGAUCACAUUGUUUGUCAGAAAGUUGUUUGAGAGUUGUUUGUUUGAAAGUUGUUUGUUUCCUAUUAGACUUUGAAUCAGUUCUAUUUGGAAUUUAGGCUAAUCUUUUGGAAUUUUUAACUCAUUAAAUGCUAGUGCUCCUUGAUAGUAUAUAGGUAAUGCACCAAUAUGGAAAUUUACCGAUAUUCCGAUAACCGAUAUUCAAGGGCCGAUAUUGCUCAAUACCGAUAUUCAAUUUCACUUUGAAAUUUACAAAUGACAGUUGGACUAUAAGCAAACAUUUUAAUCAGUUGAACAGUAAUUGAUUUGGUGCAGAGUGUUCAUAUACCAUAAGCUGUGGACACAUCAUAACAUGAUCAUAUUUUCAGGUCCACCUAAUCUUGAACCAGUUUUCAACAGUUUUGUUGAAGAUUCAUCUGUUGGUGACAAAUUUUCUCGAUCUGUUAUGCAGAUCUUUUCUUCAAGUAUGUACUAUAUAAUUACGUAGUUAAUUUAAUAUCUCAUUUGAAUUUGUGACCAUUGUUCAUGUAAUGCAUUUGGUGGAGGUUAUAUGCAAUAUGAUUCAUUCAGUGUUUUAAAUGGUUUCCAUCUGACUGCUUGGCCUUAAACAUCAUUGAAACGUUUUACAAUUUUUUUACAUAGGACAAAAUCCGUCCUCAACAUCCCAAUCAUCUUCCUCAACAAGCAUACCUGUCAUGAGUGAUUAUACCCAGCUGAACACCGAAACACUCAGAAAACUUGUAUGUACUGCAGUAGAAGAGUCAACAACUGCUGGUGCGUUUCCUUGAUUGUUUUCAGUUCAGUAUUUUUUAUAAUCACUGUUUACUCGUUGCUAUAUACAGUAUAGGGCUAUCGGUAAGGAUUGGGAGCUUGGCAAAAUGAUUGGGAACUUGCCUAGAGUAUCUUCGGCCUGCUUUUGUCUCAACAAUAUAUAUAUAUAUAUAUAUAUAUAUAUAUAUAUAUAUAUAUAUAUAUAUAUAUAUAUAUAUAUAUAUAUAAUAUAUAUAUAUAAUAUAUAUAUAAAGUAGUUAGAUAUCGCUCUAUGGCCUUUUGGUCAUAUUGAGCACUCUACACGGUCAGACGGAUUUAAGACUGGAAAUUUCAUAAUUUCCAGUCUUAAAUCCGUCUGACCGUGUAGCUCAGUUGGUAGAGCGUCGACUAGUAAUUCGAAGGUCGCGGGUGCAAGACCCAGCCGCGGCAGACUUUAUCUUUCUGCUUACGCUGGGUGUGGAAAUUAUAUACAUGUAAUACACACUCGAGAACAUUUUCACCUUAACAUAUUACGGAGUGUACAAUUACACAAUUCAACAUAACACUUGCAGAACUACCGGGUGUCCCAAAAAAAAGUACUCCGGUUUGAUCUAUAAUACCUUCUAAACAAAUAAAGCUAUCAAACAGAAAUAACUUGCAUUAAAUAGAGGAAGGACUGACUUAGAUUUUGAUAUAUUAAAGUUGUACUUUACUUAAAAAUUCACGGAGAUAUUAAUGUUCAAAAUCGGGAGCAUAUUUUGGGAUGUGUCUAAAAUUAGCGAAAAUCGGCAUAUCAAAUAUUAACUUCAGCGUUUGUUUGCUUGAUGACAUAUCAGGCUAACUUGUAUUUCAGCGAAUUGUCGUUAGGGUUUGUAAGGGAUAUGGCGUAGAUUUAGACUUCUUACAUGUAAGCUAAGUCUUAGCUCAUUGUUUCCUGAAAUAUGAACGUACGAAAUUAUGCAAGUAUUUAAUAGGUCUUUACAAACUUUACAAAUUUAUAAGGUACAUGAAAGACCAUGCAAGGCAGGCGUUAAAUUUUUCUUAGCCUAAUUUUUUAUGUUUUUCAUGGGUUCAAAACAGAGUUGAUUAUUUCUCGGUUAGAGCAGGAUGAAUAUUAUUCUGCAAUGAAGGAAAUAAUAUUGCUUUUUGCAAAUACACAUCACAGUAUCAACGCUACUAUUUUGUUACGUUUUGUUCCAAAAAUGUUGGAUGUCUCCAGGGAGUUGCAUGCUUAAUUGUUAUGUCUUAUGGAGUUGUAUAGAUCGGAAGAGCGUCGUGUAGUUUCAUUCUCAGUUUAUUGUGAACUUAAAAAGAUUUAAGAAAAGGCAAAUGAGUUUGAGUGUUCUUAACAAGAUUUCAGAACAUUGCAGAAGUUAGAAGAGUUUCACAAUUCCAUUGUGACAGCAUGCCCUAAUUCAGAACUACGAACGAUCCAUGACGAUCCUUCGCGAUGCAGUGGUCUCAUGAAAUAAGGAAACGUAUUCGUGCUAGGAACACACACAGAUUUCGGACGAAUAAAUAUUGCUUGUAUUUUGUAGAUAAUAAUACAGACUUUGUUUCAUAAUAAACAAUUUGUCAAGUGUCAUUUAUUUACUGGUAAUCGUGCAUGUUUCAGUCGGGCAAAUCUUGAUAAAUAUUUGAUACGCCGUUUUUUUGCAUAUUUCGGACACAUCCAGAAAUAUGCUCCCGAUUUUAAACAAUAUCUCCGUGUAUUUUUAAGUGAAAUACAACUGUAAUAUAUCAAAAUCUAAGUUAAUCCUUCCUCUAUUUGAUGCAGGUUAUUUCUCUUUAAAAGGUUUACUUGUUUAGAAGUUAUUACGAAUCAAACCGGAGUACUUUUUUUUGGGACACCCGGUAGUAUUGUUCUAUGCUGAAUUAAUAUAAGCGAGUAUGUUUAUGACAUUCAGUAUAUAUUUCAUAGUUUCCAGUCUUAAAUCCGUCUGACCGUGUAGCUCAGUUGGUAGAGCGUCGAUCUAGUAAUUCGAAGGUCGCGGAAUAUGCGUCUGACCGUGUAGCUCAGUUGGUAGAGCGUCGAUCUAGUAAUUCGAAGGUCGCGGAAUAUGCGAUAUGUAUAUGUAUAUGUAUAUGUAUAUGUAUAUGUGUAUAUGUAUAUGUAUAUGUAUAUGUAUAUGUAUAUGUAUAUGUAUAUGUGUAUAUGUAUGUAUAUAUGUAAAUAAAAUCUAAGCAAUGAAGAGUAAAAUUCUUUCUUGAAUAUUUUUUACUGCAAUUAACUUGGUUAACUUGGUUGAAUUGAUUCUGAGUUGAUACAGUAGAUAAACCAAGUGAUGAAAUAGAUUCCAUUUUAGACCUUAACUGGGAAUAGUGGGUAAUCCGGCAGGAAUUAAACCUGUGGCCCUGCGAUUCCAGAGUAGCGCUUUGCUAACUGAUCUACAGAGUCCGAUGAUGAGCAAUAACCACAAGUUAUGGAUAAUCGGGUGUGCGGUUAGGAUCAGGUGAACUUGAAAAUUUGUUAAGUACAGUAUAAAAAUGGUAUACCUGUAAAGUGGAAUAUAUUUCAUCACAAAUUUGGAUUAUCCAUCAACUCAGAAUUUAAUUUCAUGGAAGUGGAGUGCAGUAAAAAUCCUGACUCGCACACCGGAUUAUGUAUAUACCUGAACUUGCAAUUAGAGUUGGUAGAUCACUGCUCCGGAAUCACAGGACCGCAGGUUUGAUUCCUGCCGGAGGACCUACAGUUAGUUUUCAUAUUUUGCAACUGUUAAGGUCCAAAAUGGUAAAUACUGUACAGUAUGUAUUUCAUCAUUUGGAUUAUCCAUCAACUCGUCAUUGAAAAGAAGUGAUUCAUGCUGGCCAGGCUUAGUUAAGCGGAUUUUAUAGACGCUUUGUAUGUAAUAUUCAUGCAGGACUAUGUAAAAUCGAAAUUCAGGAAAUAGCAUUUCAGCUACAGUAUAAUUAUAUCUUUUUAGGAACUCGUGUUAAAUGGACUGAUUUGAGCUACAAGCCUCAGUGGUGGCCAGAAGAGGUUGCUUGGAGAAAUCCAAACAACAAGUCUACAGCUGGUCCUAAAAUGAAAUCUGCAGAGCUUAGUUUGGUUCUGUCUGCACACCGAGAUUGGCAUGAAUCAACUUCGCAUCCAGGUGCUGGGCCAUCGCAUGAACAGCAACCUCAUUCUGGUCGUUCAGAUGAGAACCACUUCGUUUCUGCAGCUACUGAAUGUGAUUUAUCUGCAGAGGAUAUUGCAUUCAUGGAAAGUGUCAUAAAGGAAGAUGAUGACAAUGUAUGCAUGUAUUGACUGUUUAAUGUAAAUUAUGUCAGGUGCAACUCUCAAUUGGUUACUGUACAUUCAGGGCUUGACUAAAAAAAAUAUCGCCUGCCAAAUAAAUUAUUGCCCGCAAUUUCUGUUUUUUAAUUGUCAAAAUGAUCCCUCUCGCAUUCACCACGUCAGAAGAAGUCAUUUUAAUUGUAUUUCUAUCCCCCCAUUUCUAUACAAUACUGUACAUGGUCCUAUUUGACGAUCGACUUCCCAAUUAAAGCAACCACUUUCCAAUCAAUGAAAAUGGAAUAUUGCCAGAGUAAAGCUAUGUAAAGCUAUAAAGCUAUAUAGCUAUAUAUAAAGCUAUACUUUAAUUGUUUAAACACCGCAUAUAUUUUGAUGCCAAUGCUUUCGAACCAUAAGCCUGGAUCAUAUUACUGUAGUCGCACUGGUCUGGAUCCAGGCUAUUGUGAUCAAACUGUUGCCCAACUGCUCAACGUGUGUAGAAUAUUGCCUAAAACGUACUGUGUGUUAUUCAUUUAGAGCACUAUUGAUUUUUAUGAUGAGGCAUGCUGCAGUAAGGUGCUUACAAUUUGCCGAAAGUUAUCAUGGAGAGCUCUCAAGAUAUGUGCUUCUGGAGUGAUAAAUAAAAUGAACAACCGUACUGCUUUGGUACCAUAUGUCCAUGACUACAUUGAUUUGGAAAGGCUCGAUAGAAGGUAAUAAACGUACUUUAUACCGUAAGUACUGAUAUAGAGCUCCUUGAUUUUGGUGAUAGUAUAGCGAAUGAUGGUGAUACUAGUUUAGUUACUGUAUAUAAAUGAUAUUCGGGCUUUGUUGUAAUGUUCUGCUAUUUUUUGUCUAGUUUGCUAAGUUUCAUUCCACCAUUCAGUAAAAUGUUGAGUGAGGAUGGUGGCAUUGAGCUAGAACCUUUCCAAGCGAGUGCUUUUGGUAACUGCUUUUGGUGUAGCCUAUCAAUACAUCUGACUGGGAACGAAAGCAGACAGAAUUUUCUUCGCUUGGCUUCUGCACUAAAUGCAGUCAUUAACACAAAACACUUUAUUGAUAAGGUACGGUAUAAAACGGUGGUAUGAAAAGGUACUACAUGACAACUACAUGAAUGUGUAGUAUCAGAAUUAAUAUGCACAUGCAUGCAGCUGCUUUGUGAGUUAAAUCAGGGUAUAAUUGAAUUGUUGUAGGUCAUUCAACAGUUUACCACUGUAGAUGAGGCGUUGCAAUGGUCAGAGACUGUUUGCUGUGCAUUGAAUACAUCCAAAACCACAAUUAGGGAGAUUGUCGAAGAACGUUAUGUUUCGGAAGUCAAGGAAACGUUCACAAAUUUUAGAGACAGUGGUAUGUUUAUAUCGGGGGAGUGUUGGCUAGGGAUGAGCCAACGAAUAUAUAUAUAUAUAUAUAUAUAUAUAUAUAUAUAUAUAUAUAUAUAUAUAUAUAUAUAUAUAUAUAUAUAUAUAUAUAUAUAUAUAUAUAUAUAUAUAUAUAUAUAUAUAUAUAUAUAUAUAUAUAUAUGGGUUAUUAUAUAUUUAUAGGGUUAUUACAGGUGUAUUUGGCUUCAGAUUAUUUGAGAAGACCAAUAAGGCAAUUUUGCUUGCUUCCCGGCGCUGACCAUUAUAGAACUCGAGUGGAGCCUUUUCAGGUGCGAAAUCAUGAGGAGAUGGGAACGCCUUUGGAUAUCUUGUGGGUUCCUCUCACUGUUGAGCAUGGGCAAAGUAAUCAUUACAAUCACAUUGUUCCUUUGUUGCCAUGGAAAUGUGGUGCAGCGCCACACAAAUUCUGCAUGUUCAACAGUGAUAUGAACCACGAGUUUUCCAACUUGAAAUCGGAUUUGGCACAAUGUGACUUGUGUCAAGAGUGGUAUCACACUUGCUGUCUUGGCCAAUCACUCCAUCAUAUAAACAGAAUGGAAAGAUUUAGUUGUGGUUGUGAUGUAUUGCCUGGAGAUGCUGCACAGAUCAGUACAAGGAAUGCGUAAGUUAUUUUAGGUUUGGUUUAUCGAUAUGUACAGUAAAUGGUCAGAACUACAAUUCAUGUUAAAGGUCAGAACUACUAAUAAUUAAUUAUAUUUCAUCAUCUUUCAGUGAGAUUUACAAUGAUAUGGAUAUGUUCCAAAGAUGUUUAUCAAAACGAGAACUUAAGGUUUUAUAAAUUGCCAGUCAUUUCUUCUUGACUUGUAAAUGUUUGUAGCCUACCAUAAUUAUAAAUGUUAAAAUUCCGUAAACGUUUUCUUUAGAUGAUAGCAAAGAACCUAAAAAGGAACGUCAUCCCAUAUUUACGAACUGGAGCUUCCUAUCUAGAUGAUUCAUUUACAAAUGAGAUGAAAUUAUAUUUCGAAUCUCUAGAUUACGGACCCGUUAUGACACCUAAUAUGGUAAAUGACUUACUGUAAGCCUAUUUCAAACGUCGCCCUUAUGUGCGUAACCAGAUUUAUAAACUCGGUAGGCCAUUUUCUUUUGUUUUUCGUCGGUUUUUAACUUCCUCGUAAUGGCCUCAUGCAUAGUAUAGAAGUGUACUGCCAGUGAAUCAUUACGCGAAGUAAAAACUUGGUAACGGGUUAAUAAACGAGAGUAAUAACCUAAGACCUGGUUACCCACAAUCCGUAAGUCAACGUUGUUUAACAUAUCGACUUACUGUAAUUGUCGGAAUUAUAGAAAGCUCUGAUAAGUUAAAGACCGCUGGUAUCGGUUUUUAUACAACUGUAAAGACCUCGGGCCUGCGGCCCUCUGUCCUCACAGUUGAGUAAAAACCUCUCCCUUGGCCUUUAAUCUACAGUAGGCCUAUAUAUGUAAAGAACCUAAACUUAUUGUUUCAUCUGCACCUAAAUAUAUUAUUUUUUUGUCACUCCAGGUCCAAUCGCUAUUAGAUAACUAUCUUCCUGUGGUAAAUGAAGUUCGAGUUCCAGAUGCGAACACGUUCCUUAAAGAGAUUCUCCUUCCAGAG